AUCGAAAGUUCCCUUGUCCCGGUAAAAUUUGGAGUGACGACAACGAGACGCCUGAGCGUGACGACAUCAGUCGACUGAAUACCAAUUUUGUGGAAGAGCGUCCGUUCAUCGUUAACCCUCACCCUUAAAAAAAAAAAAAAAAUCCCGUCUUUCGCCUUUCGUUAAAAAACACACACAGCAGAAGACAAACACCAUGGGUUUGAGACAGAGCAAGCGGUCGGUUGAUAUUUCCGGGUCACCUAAAAAGGAGGCACCUGCUGCCGUGGUUGAAAAAAUUCCACAAACCAACGAUGCCCCAAAUCAGACAAUAGAAAAUAUUGAAGAAGAGGUUAAGACUCCCAUCAAUGGCGAAGCCAAGACUACAGAGCCAGCUGAUUUGGACAAGAGCAUUCAAGAGGACGUCAAGGAUAAAAGCGUGACGGAAGCAGCGAACGAUAGCAAAGUUGAAGAAUCUCCAUCUUCUCAAAAGGACGAGAAAAAAGAAAAGGUUAAGAAGAAGCGAUCAUUCCGAACCUUCAGCUUCUUAAGACGAGAGAAAAAGACGAAGGAAGAAAACAACAAAAAUGGAGAUGUUGCUAAAGAGCCUAAGACCGAAACUGCUGAACAAGUUGCCGAUGUUGCACCCGUUGCCGCAGCCGAAUCGACCUCCGUGGAAGAACCCGUUGCAGUCGCUGCUGAAGUUAGCUCCGAGGAAACGGCCGCUCCCGUCAAGGAUGACUCCGCAGCCGUAGUCGAGGAAAAACAGGAAGCCACGCCUGAAGCCGCUCCAGCCACCGAGGAAGUCGCAGCACCAGCUGCCGAAGAGUCCAAACAGGAGGAAGUGGAUGCUCCAGUCGCAGAAGCUGUGGUGGCAUCUGAAGUUGAAACCCAACCCGCUCAACCAGAGGCAGAAGCCAGUGAUCCAGCACCCGCUUCUGAAGAGGCUCCUGCUGAGCAAGUCGCCGUUGAAACAAAUGAACAGGAAUCUGCUCAGCCCGUCAUUGAAGCCGAGCCUGUCCAGGAGAGUGAAAAGCAAACAGAAGUCGCUUCUGAAAACUCUGAAACGGUGCAAGCCAGCGAAGAAUGAAGAGCUGUCCGAUGAUCUGGAUGGCGCUCAUUUUAAAGAAACAAAAAAAAAAAUAAAUUUUACACAUAAUCCUCACCUUCUCCUCUCCCAUACUUUGAUAUUUUGUUUUCUGAUAUUUGGUCAGUUUCUGUAUCCCUUCUUAUCUUUAUUUCCCCUUCCACCACCUUCUGUAUUACUUCCAUUUAUUAGAAUAGUUUGCCGCCGAUUUUGCCAAGUGUUUUCUGCUUGAAUGAAAGAAAGUAUUGCAAUUUUUAAGAAGAGAAGUCCCUCUUUUUAAAGCUGAUUCGAGAUUGUCAUCGUGUGUGUGGUUUUUUUUUCUUGGCUUAAUUCGCCAUUUUAAUGGUUGAAAUAAAGUCAGUUGUUUCUCGCAA